AUGGCGGCUGCAGCUGCUGCCGGCUCGACGUCGACGACUGCGACGGUCGCUUCGGAUACGUUGCACGACAUUCACCUCGGCGCGUCGUUCCUGAGAAGACACGACGACGAUGCUUUGGUCUCGCUCAGGUGUGAGUACAUGUGUUUUGGCCAUUUGGCUAGAGACUACUUUCCUGACAUAAGCGAUGUAUACGCCCGCCAGAUACACAAAAGCCUGUCUCGCUAGGCUCGGCCGCUACGGGGCUACUAUGGGUACACCCGUCCUCAAACGCGAACUCAACACCCCCGGGGACAAGGAACGUCCUCGCCGCGUUCCCCAUCGAAACAUCGACCGCACCUGCCUCGGGAGGCUCGGGCCAACAGCGGACGGGCGAAGUGAGGUUCACGGGCCAGGUCCAGAACUCCAAGGACGUCGACUGUGUGCUCGUUUGGGAUGAGCAGCUGCAGGUGAACGCCGCACAGGCUUGCUGCGGUAAGUAUCGUUCGUCUAGAGAAGGAAUGCUGAGCAUACUUUUCUUCUGCAGAGCUUUUCACUGGAACGUCUGGACAGUUCGGUGCGCUUGGCGCUUGACCGUUCGUCCGCGCCCCACCCUUACCCCACCCCCGACCCAACCCAACCUUAUCACCCACUCGCCUCAAGCUCGGCUCCGGCUCCAACGACGGCCAAGCGACGCAAGAUCAACGCCAACGGUGCCUCGACCGCUUCCUCUUCCUCUUCUUCCGACGAAGGCACCAAACCUCUCUCCCUAGCCAGGCGAGCGAAGCACUUGCUCGCUGGGACGGAUCGAGGCGGCAAAGGCAGCGGAAGUGGAUCCGAUACCGGUCGCCUGAACACCCCCAGCGCAAGUGCGGGAAGGAGUCGAACCGUCAGUGCGAAUGCGGCACUCUCUUCUUCGAACAGAGGCGCCAACCAUCGAGGGCAUUCCAAGUUGGCCGAAGUCGAGAAUUUCGGAUCCGUCUAUCUGUCCGACAACUCGCCGGGUAAAGCAUCUUCGGGGCUCGUCGUCCCGAACAAGAACAACAAUGGUAGUAGCACAAGCGGGCAGGAUCGAGCGAUUCAAUCCUCGCCCAUCAAACCCUCGUCGUCGUCGACAGGGUUGAUGUCUUCCCCCGGUGCGGCACCCCCAUCCAAUACGAUGCAGCAAUCCGCCGCCAAAGAAUCACCUCGGAUCGUUCCCCCACCCAUCGAUCUCAUACCCGCGCCAGGAGCAGCGAACACGACCGCUCGAGCCACUCCUCCUUCUCGACCAACAGCAGCUUCAAAACGACCCGCUUUACCCCCCGCACCACCAGGUCCAGGCCAGAGGGGCUCGAAAUCGACAUUGCCUCCUGCGGCGAUGAAACGUCCCGUUGCGGCGAUGAAAUCCGUCCCUUCUCGAAUUGACGUGUCGAAUGAUUCAAAUGGGGAGGACGCUUCUUCCGAUGAGGAUGAUGAUGAUGAUGACGAUGAUUCAGACGAAGAUGGUUCCGACGAAGAGGAUGAUGACGACGCUGCGAUUCCAGAAGGUUAUCUCGCUACUCCUGGACAAGUUUUUGCCGGCCAUUUGGCGAUGAGGGAAUCGAAUUCGUUGCAAGGGUAUGCGACCCUAGGUGGUGGGACUGCGGGUGGUAAAGGCGCGGGUAUGGUGCAAGGAGGGGAUCUGAGAGGGAGGAGUAGUAUGGUACAGGCGAUUGCGAGUGGGGCGAUGACGCGCGUUUCGUCGGCGCCGCCGUUGUCAAAGUCGAGGGAUAACCAGGCGAUGAACGUUGCUUCCUCCACCUUGAGGACUAACGCCUCGACCGUACCUACGACCUCUCGAUCCUCGAAUAUGGCGAAAGAUCCCUCUGGUUCAGGAUCAGGAAGCGGGAAUGAUGCGUCGAUGAUACCCGGUCCUCCGAGGGGUGUUGGAGGCAUAGGGAAGGGCAAAGGUGCGCCACCUAAAGCCGCGAGGGCGGGCAAAUCGGUCGUGGUGCCUCCUCCACCGCCGCCGCAGAGGGCUCAGAAGGGAUUGCCUAGGACAGGUGGGUUUGAUCAUAAUUUCUUCGACAAGAUCAAAGAUGGUGUACUGAACUUUUUGUUGGGCGAUCCGAGUACAGCGAGGACUUUGGCGGCCGAUACGCCCGAUUCCGAAAGUGAGGAAGAUUGAGUUCGGGCGAAAGACUAGAGUGAUGGGGUGUUGCCCGUUCCUCUUGCUUUGA